GAAGCUGUGGGGAAGUGACGUAGGGUGCGCGGGUGGUGCGAUGGAGCCGCAGCAGCCGCAGCAGCCGCAGCAGCAGCAGCAGCAGCAGCAGCAGCAGCAGCAGCAGCUGAGAAACUUGCGGGACUUCCUGUUGGUCUACAAUCGGAUGACGGAACUCUGCUUCCAGCGCUGCGUGCCCAGCUUGCACCACCGAGCUCUGGAUGCUGAGGAGGAGGCGUGUUUGCACAGCUGUGCUGGAAAGCUGAUCCAUUCCAACCACCGCCUCAUGGCCGCUUACGUGCAGCUCAUGCCUGCCCUGGUACAGCGCCGCAUCGCAGACUACGAGGCUGCCUCAGCUGGGCCAGGUGUUGCUGCUGAACAGCCUGGAACCUCACCAUCAGGCAGCUAGCCCUCCUCAACCCCAGGAAGGGAGGCACUGGAUGGACCCUCAAAUUGAAGGAGCCAGUGGACCUUGGGCUGAAUGCAGCCUGUAUGUAGAGUGAGGGAUUGCCUGAGAGCUGGGUACUAUUGCUCCUUUUCCUGGAGCCAAUAAACCCGCUUUUACUCUG